AAUCCUUAAAUUCAUUUUAGGUGUUUUUCUUCAAGUCACUUGGAUAUAGGAAAUAAGAAUUAGUAGCAUGGGUUCAAUUAGAAGCUAUAAUGUCCAAGGAGCUAUAUUAGGAGUUUUGUGUAUGGUCUUGCUAGAAUUGUGUCUAGUUAACGCUCAUCAGUUUGAUGAUACAUUUGAUCCCAUCACUCGUCGAGCUCUGGUGGCCGGCACCCAGGGCCGCGGGGGAGGCCAACCAGUCGACCCGGCUCAACAUCCCGUGGCAGGCGGAGCUGGAUUCAAAUGUGUAGAUGUAUCAAAUUUUAACAUCAAGGGAGAUGGUCAGUCUGAUGCAACUGACGGUGUUAUAGCAGCAUGGCAAGAAGUUUGUGGCUGCCCUACACCAUCAAAACUAGUUAUACCCAGAGGGACGUGGUUAACAGCAGAACUUGAUUUCCGCGGCCCAUGCGCUGCCCCGCAGAUUGUAAUCGAGAUUCAGGGGACUCUGCUAGCCAAGCCAGACAAGCAAUCAUUCCCGAAGGGAUUCUGGAUCAAUAUCAUGGGCGUCCAUGGAGUCGUCAUUAACGGUGGAGGUACACUCAAUGCACAAGGAGAGAAAAUAUGGCACACUAGAGGUGUUGGCGAAAAAGGCACGCCUCUACCCGACUCUCUUGUACUAGCCCAAUCCAACGACUCGAUAGUCGAAAACAUACACCUGGUGAAUGGCAAGGGAUUCAACAUGAAGGUAUACGAAAACGAGAAUGUGCUGAUACAAAAUGUUCACAUAACAUCUCCAGACGAAAGCCCAAACACAGACGGAAUCCACAUCGGCCGUAUCAAAAAUGUCAGAAUACUCGACUCCUUCCUAGGCGUCGGUGAUGACUGCAUUUCCAUAGGCGACGGUAGCAUCGACGUCUACAUCAAAAACAUCAUGUGCGGUCCUGGACAUGGCAUCAGCGUGGGGAGUCUUGGGAGGUUCACGUACGAGACUGAUGUUCGCAACGUUUGGGUGGAAAAUUGUACAUUCACCAAAACGCUAAAUGGUGCAAGGAUCAAGACGUUCCAUGACUCGCCACAAAUAGAGGCGACUAACAUUACAUAUUGUAACCUCGUCAUGAACGAUGUCUACAAUCCCAUCAUUAUUGAUCAGAACUAUGCCUUCAAUAAACCAACCCCAUCAAGGGUGAAGCUAAGCAACAUCAAGUUUAGGAAUGUAAGGGGAACCACGAGCUCUAACGUGGCAGUGAGCCUCAACUGCAGCAGUGGUGUUCCGUGCCAAGGCGUAGAACUAUUUGAUAUCGAUAUUAAAUACAUUGGCAAUAAUACAAAAGAUAGGACUACUCACUGUGCUUGUGCACAUGCUAACGCGAAAUUCGGCGGCAGAAUUUUCCCACCACCCUGUGCUCAGUGACACUCUUUUCUCAUUCAUAUUAAUAUUCUUCCUGGAUCGGGGUUGUGGUUGUCGUCAAUAAAAACACCACCAUCUGUGCAUCUCCAUGGGUUGCUGUUAAUUCUUGUGUAAUUAGAGGAUCUCUUUUUUUUUCUUUGCUCUUUUAUUAUUUUUUUACCCGACAAAUUAAUACAAUAUGCUCCAUUUUUUCUCA